AUGAAGGAGGAGGUGAAGGAGGUGGAGGAGGAGGUGAGGAGGUGGAGGUGGAGAAGACGCGAGCUAAAUAUAUAUAAUAUAACAUAUAAUAUAAUGUCCGAUAGAGUUCAACGUUGUUACAGAUGCCAAAAGCCAGGCCACAAGGCUAUGGACUGCAAUGAGGAGGAGACCUGCCGUAACUGCAAGCAGCCAGGUCAUUUCGCUCGUGACUGCACUGUCGAGCGUGAGCCAGUUGUCAGCGGUGGUGACAUCAAGUGCUACAAGUGCGACCAGUACGGUCAUAUGCAGAGAAGCUGCCCACAGGGCUCAUCUGCCCCAGCCCCAUCCGCCGCCAAGCGUUGCUUCAACUGCGGUGGCUUUGGUCACAUCCAGGCCAACUGCCCAUCCGAGUCCACCGGAAGCUUUGGUGGUCGUCCAAGCGGUGGCUUCUCCAGAGGCGGUGACAAGAAGUGCUACGCCUGUGGCAAGUUUGGUCACAUCUCCAAGGACUGCACCAACGCAACUGGCGAGAACUAA